CAGACGAUGCUGCGAUGUCCCACCAUACAACAUCCGAAUGCCUGAGCAGGGGCUGCUCGUACAGCCCGUCGCAUUCGCUCGAAUACACGGCCCUGCAGUACGCGAGCAGGAAGGGCUCGCUGGACGAGGUCAGGUACCUGAUCGAUAGUGGAGCGGAUUUGGACUCUGGGCCGGAUCCGGCCCUGCAUCUGGCAAUCCGCAGGAGGCACACUCCUAUCGCCCUGAUGCUGCUGCAGAGCGGAGCUGAAUACGAGAUGCGAGAUUCCCACGGAGAUUAUCCGAUUCAUAUCGCCUGCACCGUUGGUCUUCUGGACGUGGUGCACACUCUGUGUGCGCUCGGCUGCAACGUCGAAGUGCCCACCACCAAAGGUCUAUACCCUCUGCAUCUGGCUGCAAAGAACGGGCACAUCAAUAUAAUAAGGUGUUUGUGCACGGCCGGCUGCAAUAUCGACGUAAAGUACUCGGACAACGUCAGGGCGGAUGUAACAGCCAUCAAGUACGGAUACAACGACAUCUGCGAGCUUUUAGAUAAGUUGCGUGCAACUGGGAACCGGGAUCAGUUCGCGCGCCAGCUGGUUCCCACCUCUAAGCCGGCCCUGAAGCUCUCCCUUCGAGUCCUCGGCAAUUGCGGCGUAGGGAAAACCUCGAUGGUCAAGUCUCUCAAUGCUGGACUCUUCAGCUCUUUGUUCAGACGUUCCAGCUCGCUGCAAAGCAACAAAUCAAGACCUUCUUCACCGAUUAACAACACACAGAUCGAGAUGGACGUGACGUCGCGUCAGAAUUCGCUGAACUUCGAGUCUACGGCCAAUUACAAUUCGACCAACGGCAUUCACGUGCAAAAUGUGGACAUAUCGAACGUGGGAGAAGUCACCGUUUGGGAAUUCUCCGGGCAGGAAAACUUCUUCCCCGUCUAUCAUCAUUUCCUGUACCCGAAUCCGCACGCCAUCACCGCCAUCCUCUUCAACUUGGAGGACACCGUCAACGUGCAGAUACAGCAGGUCUUAUUCUGGCUGAACUUCCUGAUGGCAAGGCAACACUCCGAUUUACCGUCCUAUGAGUACGGUAAGAUUGUGCUCGUCGCGACGCACGUGGACACGACUCGCGCCGUCAAGAAUCAGCAGGGCGAAUGGAUCUGCCCCGAUGCCCAGAAGACGGUGGACGCCGUCAUCAAGGCGACGCCGCACGCUUUCAACUUAUCCAAGAGUUACCUGAUCGCCGACUGCAACGUUCCCGCCUCGUACGCAUUCAAACAACUCAAGGGAAUGCUCUCAGCACUGAAACAGAAUUGCCUUCAGCAAUCUGUUGGGACGUGGACCGGAUUGCUGGAGGCGUCUCUGCUGUGGCUCGCAGGACUGCAAAAGCAGUACGAGCAAUUCCCUGUGCUCACGAGGGAAGUCUUCUCGGAGUUGCUGCGUGCACAGGUCAAUCUGCUGGCUUCCGAUUGUCAUAUCUGCGAGCUUCUGCAGCAGCUCCACUUGAUGGGAGAGGUAUUUUGCGUGCAACAACUGGUUGUGAUAUCGGUGCCGUGGCUGGGGACGCAACUGAUCGGGGAGUUGUUUAGCAUGCAAUUCCAGAAUCAAUCACGCGUCACCGGCGUCUACACUUCGGAGGAUUUCCAGGCGGGAUACAAUCAGUGCGACGCGCUCGGCGUGCUCGAUCUGCUGCGCUCGAUGGAUCUAUGCGUUCGGUGCGAGUUUGAAGGAGACGUCGAGUACGAGUUUCCCAUUUACAAUCAGACGGAGACGCUGUCCGGUUUGUGGGAUUCUGGCGAUCCCAGAUACAGGACGACAGGCGCGUGCUACGGAGGGGCCAGACUGCAGACUCCACCCGACACGUGCCAUCUCUUCUCGUCGAUAUUCACCCACGUCCAGGUGGAUUUGAGGAAGGCCACGCUGGAGAGCGGCGCGGCCAACGAGACCGAUCUCUAUCAAUGGUACAGAGGUUCGAAACUGUGCACCUCCGUGCUGGAGACGUUGAUCACGUUGCACGAGGACGCCUCCACCGGAGACGAGUUCAUCGAGGUGAAGAUACGCGGGCCACGGGAGAGCUCCCAGUACUGCUUCCACCUCUUCGAGCAGGUGCUCGAGACGGUGGGACAGGCGUUGAAGAGGGUGUGCCCGGGGCUUCUGGUGGAACGGCACGUGCUCAGUCCGCAGCAGCUGAGGAUACACGACCCCGAGACUUACGCGUACGAACCGCAGGUGCUGGCAGCGGCGAUGCUCGAAGCGGAAUCCACGCUCGACGUGACGAUCCACAACGCCUACACCGACAAGCAGGAGAGCAUAAUCCAAUUGGUCCUAUUCGAUGAUCAGGCAAUCGCGCACAACAUUCAAUGGGGAUGCGCUCUGAAGGUGAGGGACGUACCGACGCCGGCGAAGCUCAAACUGUGCGGACUGCUGGAUCCUCCGGAGCCGCACGGAAGAGAUUGGUGCGUCCUGGCUCUUCGCCUAGGACUCAGCCAGGAGAGGAUCGCCGCUCUGGAUUCGCAGCAUUCCAGCUGCACCAUGCGUCUUCUCUCCAUCGCCGACUGCUCCAUCGGAGCUCUAGUAGCCAGUUUGCAUGAUUUAGAUCGAGGGGACGCGGCCGACGUCGUGUUGCGUUCGGCCCCAUUGCUGAAGGUCGUAGAGCAUGUCGAUUCUUAGGCAACACACAAAACACACACACACACAUACACGAGCAUCAAUUAAUUGUACAUACAUACAAAUUAAACACACACUCACAUACAUGCGCGUAUGUUGUUAUAUGUGUAAAUGCGAUAACAUAAACAAGACAAGAAACAGUUCACAUUCCGGAAACGUUCGCGGAUUGCCAAAUGCAUUUGACAAACAACAAGGAUGAAGAGUGCGAGUUUCUGAUCAGACACAAACAACGAACGGGUUUUAGUUUACUAACAAUCUGUACAAUUUGAUUGGAUUAGAACGAAAAAAAAAAGAGGGAAGAAAACAGAAAGUCUACAGGGAAAAUAAAUAAAACUCAUUACUCACACACGGCACACACUCAGUAUUAAAAACAAAAGAACAUGUGAUACAGAUUAAAAC